CGCCACCUCGCCACCUCGCCAUCUGCGCCGCCCUUCACUUCUUCUUGCCCAUGGCACCCCUGCGGCCGGGAUGAAUGGACUCAGGCAUGCGACAGCGCCGAUCUCCACGCGGGCGUUCACUGCCAGCCUGGCGGCCGCGCUGUCCUGGCAACAUGGCGAUGGUCUACGGCCGGGCCGGCGGCCCGUGUUUGCCCUUGCGGUGUCCGGAGGCGCUGACUCCCUGGCCCUUGCGAUCCUGGCGCGCGACGCAGGGCUGGACGUGGUCGGCCUGAGCGUGGACCACACGCUACGCGGGGCCACCAGUGCGCGCGAGGCACGCCAUGUUGCCCGGUGGUUUCAGUCGGCCGGACUCCAGCAUAUGACCCUUACGGCGGACUGGCAGGGCACCCCGCUCGAGGAAGUCACCCAGGAGUUGGCCCGACGCAAGCGGUACUCCCUCCUGUCCAGCGCCUGUCUUGCUCUCGGCAUCCGGUACAUCCUCACCGGGCACCAUGCCGACGAUCAGGCCGAGACCAUCUCCAUCCGCCAGGAAACGCACGCCACCCAGCACGGCCUGGCUGGCAUGUUUGCGCUGGCCCCGCUGCCGAUGUUGCCAUCGGUGGCCCCAGCGCCGGAGAUUCCCCUCACGCCGGGUGGCCCUCCGGGCGAGUGCCCCAAGCGGCUUGCCCGCCUGCUCCGGGAGCUGCGCCUGGUCCGGCCGAUGCUGCCCUUCACGAAGGCCGAGUGCGAGGCCACCUGCCUGGCGGCCGACGUCCCAUGGGCCAUUGAUCCCUCCAACUACAACCCGGCGUACCAUCGGGUCCGCGUGCGUGAAGCCCUCGCCGAGGGGCCUGCCCGUCGUCCGGAGCAUGGGCCCGGAGCCGGGAUCCAUCUUGUCGGCCGCGGCGAUGGCCGGCCCCUGUCCCACUCGGAUCCCGGCCAGCGAGCCGAGCUGCUGGCCAUGGCUGCCGAGCACCAGGCCUGGCGUCUGGCUUCCGAGCGCCAGGCCACCGGCUUUCUCCGGUCUCAUGCCAUCCUUUGCGACCCAGCGGCCGAGGGGGCCGCCCUGUCGCCGGUGGGGCUGCUGCUUCCGACUGCGCGCCAGCCUGCCGGGGCCGUCGCACCGGCGGACACCGUCAUGCCGGGCGCCAUGCCGCCCGAGGGCACCCAAGCGGCCGAUGCCCUGCUGCAUGUCUUCCGGUGGUUUAACAGCGGCUCGCACCCGCCGAAGCAGGCGGCCAUCCGGGUUGCUGCUCGUCGUCUGUGCUCCAGCGAUAGAUCCGCCUUCUCCCUUGGCCGGGUGAAUUUCCUCCCGGCGACCAUCGCCCGUCCGGAUGGGGCUGCGCACCACGCCUGGCUCCUGUUCCCGGCCGGAUUGGUGAAUACGCACAUUGCCGGGAACCUGGCGCUCAUGAUGGGGGCCUCCCCAAACUCGGCCCCCCCGGCCAUUGGGACCAUCGUCGGUCUGAGCCAACGCCUCCUCCGGUACCCCCUGCGGCACACGCCCGGCUUGACCCAGCCCCCGGUCCUCGGCCGGGCAGUUCUCUGGGGCCCGGGCCAAUAUGUCCACACCUCGCUCGGGUCCCCAGCCUGCUGUGCACCCGACUGGGCGGGGCUCCAGGCUGCACUGGCCUCGCUCGAUGGCCAUGCCCCCCCGGAGGAGAUUGCCCUCCUGGCCGGGGCCAUUGACAGCUACCGGCGCUUUUGCGAGAUGCCCCCCGAGGAGGCACUCAAGCAAUGUGCCCUUGUGCCGGCGUCCUUCGUGGCAGCGGCCAGCGCCCGGCAACGGACCGUCCUCUCGGAGGCCACGCUCCGUGUGGCGGCCCCUUGCCUGCGUGAUGUGCCGCUCCUGCUGCCGAAGUUGUCCAGACUCCUUGCCGACCGAGGAGCCACGGCGCUUGGGGCCCUCGAAGCGAAGCUCUCCCGGUUGGCAGGGAUCGGCCCGGGCGCUCGGCUUCGGGCCGAUGCCACAGCCGCCGGGCGGAGCCUGGCCAAUGCCACCGCUUGUGUGGUAUUUUGCGAUCGGACCGCCGGGCGGGUGAUACCCAUUGCAUGGCCGGAACUGGGCCAGCCCGGUGUCUAUGGCAGCCCGCUGCACUUCGCGGUGGCCAGCGCCAACGGCCUGGUUUCGACCCCGGAGGGCGACGCCUUCCACUUUUUCAACUCGCAGGCUGCUCGCAGCGAGGGCCCCUCGGCCCGUGGCAAGCAAAAUUAGACACCCCGAUCAGCAGCAGACA